AUGGCGCAGAAUGCAAGUAUCGGCCAUGGAAUCGUAAGUUUUUUGCAUAAAUUAUCGAAUAAUCGGAAUUCAAUACCAAUUGUAGGAAGACGUUUACAAAAGUGUCAUAAGUGACGUGAUGGCACAGGUAAAGGACGCGUUCCUGGACGAGAACGUGGACGUGGAUGUUCUCCAGCAGCUGAAAAAGGUACUUUCCGUUCGUUUGUUUGCUCACCUCCAGGGGUUCUUAUCACGCGUUCACCGUGUGAUAUUUGCAAGAAGAUGGAGUUGCAUUCAACCCUGUCUCAUGGGAGUUCUUCAGUCAACUUCUUUUUUAUAUUGUUUAGGUGAAUGUUUGGGCUGUCCUUUUGUUGACGUGUAUUUUUUAGGCAUGGGAAGAGAAGGUUCAGGAGAGUGGAGCAGUGGAUUUAGAGGGUCAAAGGCCCAUUCAGCCUCCUCCCAUCCGUGUGGAUCGGAUACAGCAGCAACGCCAACCUUCCGGGUCUGGUGUUCAACCAGUCCAAGUGCAACAAAUGCAGCCGAUACAGAAUGUGGUGACUGGCAUACCGAACACACAGGCUCAAUCCAGUCAACAGAUUCAUCAACUCUUACUGCAACAGCAACAACAGCCUCAAGUUCAGGUGUCAAAUGCGAAUUCUGUCACUUUGUCCAAUCAACAGAUGAUGAUCUUGAGGCAGCGACAAGGGGAAGGUUUCCAGCAAGUGGUCAGUCAGCCUGGCCCAUUCAUUGUAAAUGCUGGUGGGCAGUUUUUGACGCAGCCCGGUGGAGGUAACAUUCAAUUGAUCCCCAAUGGAGGACAGAUUCAACCACAAUAUGCAGUCAUGCAGAGUGAGUAUUUUUGAUUUGUUUUUUUUUUGAUUUUUAGGUAGGUAUGUGGACUACGUGCUAUUGAAAUCUUUUCGUUGAUGUCACAUGUUCUUUUUCAAUCUGGAAAUGAGGCUCUCUAUACCUAAAACAGCCAUGGAUUGUAUAGAUUGUUAAUUUUCAGAUGGCCGCAUGAUCCUCGUGCCUGGAAAUCAGAUGCCAGUCAACUUGGCAAACGCCCAAAUAAUCAACGCUCUCCGAGGCCAACAAGGACAAGGGAGUAGCAAUGGAAAUAUCCCCCAAUUGGAUGGAUCGAAUGUUAUCGAUGAGCCAGAGUCUUCUAAGACACCCAAAAAGCAAGAAGUACAGAAGAAAAAGAAAGUUCAGAUUGUGCAGUUGGAUGGUAAUCAUGCAGGGCCCGGUCUGUCUGAUUCGUCGUCGGAAGAAGAGGAUGAGGAAGAGGACGAUCCGUUGAGGAGAUAUGCUGGUCUUCAAGAUGAUACUGGAGGAGAUGGAGAGGUAAGAAACUUUUUUUGGGGAUGUUUCGUCUUUUUUAUUACCUUAUGGGUGAGUCACGAAAAGAAUUCAUGGAUCGGGACUGUUUUUUACUUUCAUCUUUAUUGAUGUGUAUUAAAAUUGAAUAACUUGUUGUUCCUUUUUAUGUCGUACUUAUUUUGGUGAAUUCUUGGUAGUAUUAGAUGAAAACUUGAAUUUUGAUCUUAUAUUUUUUGCACUAUUGCUUGUUUUCACUACAAAAUAUGCGUCUAUAUUAACUUUACUCUUGUUUGACUCGAAAUUAUUUAUAAUUUUAUCUUUUUUAGGCGAAUGAAGAAGAGCCAUUGAACUCAGACGACGAUCAAAGUGAUGAGGAAGACCUGAAGACCCUGUUCGACUCGGAUAAUGUUGUUGUUUGUCAAUUCGAGAAGGUGCACAGAGCCCGAUCCAAGUGGAAGUUCAUCUUGAAGGACGGGAUAAUGCAUCUGAAUGGGAAGGACUACUGUUUCCAGAAGUGCACAGGAGAAGCGGAGUGGUAG